UGGAUGUAAAAUUUUCAUGACUUGCGGCUGAUUAUGCAGUUAUGGCUUGUCUUGCUACAGCUUUGAGAUUGAAUGUGAUUCCUUGGUCCUUGUUAAUUCUGCUUUGGGGACUUACAGUUGUCCUUCGCCUUGUUUGAAUUUUAUGAUGAGGAUUAGGGAUUUUUUAAGUAAGCUGGAUUUUCAUUUGGCUCAAAUUUAUAGAGAAACUAAUUCAGUUGCAGACAGUUUGGCUGGUCAAGCUGCUUCGUUGAGAAGGUCGGUGGAUUUUUCUGCUAGUCUGAGAUUGCCCUGUGAGGUUGGUCUGGCUUUGUUUCAUGCCUUGAAGGGGAUGCCUAUUUUGCAUAAGAAGAGGCUGCUGGUUUUUGAUGAUAAGGGUCAAGUGAGAAAGGGUGGCGUGUGGUGUGGUGAGGUGUUGACUGGUUUUCGUAUAAAGGAUUUGGAUGUUCCUACCUAAGUAUUAGUGUUGAUUUGUCUGAAAUUCAAGGAAGGGGAUGGCUUUGCUGAGCAAGUGGGGGGAGUGUCUGUGAUGGGAGGUGCUGUUUGGUUCUGCUGCUCUAUGUUUUUCGGGAAGCUUUUUGGAUCUUUGGGUUGUUUUGUU